AUGGAAGAUGAACUAUACGGAAUUAUUUCGUGCAUUCUUAAAGAACUUUCGAUGAAAUCAGAAAAUAACGCCCCCAAGCAAAAAAUAAGAGAAUUUAUCCAGGAAACUGCUGCAGAGAUAUUGAGAUCGUCAAGUUUUGAGACUAUUAAAGAAGUGUUUAGAGUAGUAGCUGAUAUGGCAGGCGGAGAAGAAAACAAUGAUAAAGAGCUUCUUGGAAUUUUUUCACAACUUGCUGCUAUAAUUAUGAAAAACGAAUUAUCUUCAAGAAUAUUUGAGUUUGAAAGAUUCAGAAAAAAAGCCCUAAGACUUGACCUUACUUAA